AUGCAAUUACUAAAACUAGGUUAAAUCAAUUGGGAAACUAGGUGUUUUUCGAAGGCUUUUUUAAGAGGGCAGAGAAUGGUAGAGGACAGUUUAGAUGGGCUGACAGAUCUUAUUAUGAUGGAGACUUGUUAGCUGAGUAGUUUAAUGGCUAUGGAGAGUAUAAUUGGAUAGACUGCAAAGUAUAAAAUGGUAAAUGGAUUGAAGGAGAUCUAAAUGAAGGGGUAUUAUUGCAUAACAAAGAUAGAAGAAAAUAUAAAGGAAUGUAAUAACAAGUUUGAUAGACAAUUUCACUAAAGAUAAAAGAAUGGAGAAGUAGAAAUAACUUGUCCUAGUGCUGUAGAUAUAUAUCAUAACAUUGUGCUGAUAGAUACUGAUGAAAGGAAACAUAAGGUAUCAGGUUAAGGGUAAACAUAAUGA